AUGGCAAUCAGCCCGAUGGAUGACCACAUGAAUCAAGGAGGCCCCUAUACUCACCACAACAAUUCAAACCUCUCCAACACCGCAUCCUUCGACUCUUAUAGCUCUGGCGAGUCGACAACGUCCUGGGACGUGGCUACUCCGUCGCCGUCGCAAAGCGACGUCUUUGGCACCUACGACAGGGACGGCUUCUCGCCUUCGCCGUCUCACAUGUUCACCAGCUCGCUAGCCCAUCAGUUCAACGUCCCCUCUAACCACAGUCUCAGCAUGGGAGAUCCGUCGAUGAUGUAUCCGGAAUCCUUCCAUAGAAGCGUUGCAAGCCAAGAUCAUAUGACUUAUGAACUCCACGCACCACUUCCAUUGCCUAUCAGCUCUCCAGCUUUCCUCCCAGAACAACACUACGUGAGCCCAGGCCAGACAUGUUUCGAUCCCUUGCGGCCGACACCCCCUCCCCUAGAUGGCUACUACGACGACCAACCCCGCUACUACAUGUCUCCCGUCCAAGCCACCUCGCACCCUUCCCACUCCGCCCCCUCAUCCUACAACAACUACUCCUCCGCCCCCGCCCUCCCACCCCCCAUCAACAUGCGCCGCCGCCGCGACCACCGCCGCUCCCGCAAACACCCCUCCCACAGCCCCACCAUCGUCAUGUCCGACCACGGCUACGAAGCCACCAAAGUCCCCGCCGGCCACUUCGAAUGCACACAAGCCGACUGCAAGAGCAAAGGGCAGAAGUUCAAGCGCCAGGAGCACUUGAAGCGACACAUGCUGACACACACGCAACCGCGCGACGUCGGGUGUCCGUUCUGCCCGAAGCGGUUCCAGGAGAACCGGAAGGAUAAUCUGAAGGCGCAUUUGUUGUUGCAUAGUAAGCCGAAUGCGGAUCGGAAGCGGACGGCGUAUGCGCCGGGGGCGGCGGAGGCGUUGGAGAGGCUGGGGGGGCUGGGGAAGAAGGGCGAUUGGGAGGCGGAGAGGGGGGAUGUUAAGGCGAUUUGUGAGCAGGCUAGACGGAAGGGGGAGAGGGAGAGGGGGUUGUGA